CAAUUUUUAUGGAAAAUGCACAUCAAACCUGAAAUUCUUUAGUUGGGGAGAAUCAUUGCAUGAGUUUCCAAAGUGGAUUUCGCCUUCAAACCAACGUUAAGAGUGGAUAAGAUACGCACAGGACAUCGUUGCACUUAGCUAUGUCUAUGCACCAACUUUUGGACUUUACCCAAGAGCAGGUUGCCUGCGUGUGCGAGGUCCUUCAGCAAGGUGGGAGUAUCGAACGUCUUGGACGAUUUUUGUGGUCCUUACCUGCUUGUGAGCACCUUCACAAAAACGAGAGCGUAUUGAAAGCGAAAGCAGUGGUAGCUUUCCACCGAGGCAACUUCAGGGAGCUCUACAAAGUAUUAGAGAGCCACCAGUUUUCUCCGCACAACCACCCUAAACUCCAACAGCUAUGGCUAAAAGCUCACUAUAUUGAAGCGGAGAAAUUGCGCGGUCGUCCUUUGGGCGCAGUGGGAAAAUACCGCGUGCGCAGAAAGUUCCCGCUGCCUCGCAGCAUUUGGGAUGGAGAGGAGACCAGCUACUGUUUUAAGGAGAAGAGCCGGUGUGUGCUUAAAGAGUGGUACACCCACAACCCGUACCCUUCCCCGAGAGAGAAGAGAGAACUGGCCGAGGCCACGGGCCUCACCACGACUCAGGUCAGCAACUGGUUCAAGAACAGAAGGCAGAGGGAUCGUGCCGCUGAAGCCAAAGAAAGGGAAAACGACGGUGCAAAUCCUAACGGCCACAACCCACUGACCUCUCACGUGAACGAAAACAAAUCUCUAUGUGAAAGUUCAGAUGAUGACAAAUCCCCCGCGGGGACCCCGGAUCAUACCUCCAUGAGUCCAGCGAUCCUCAUGCCCUCCAGUUCAGGUCUGCCACCACUGCACAGCUUCGCUCCUCCUCCCGGGCCCAGCGCCUCCAUCAGCGACACUCAGAGCCACCACCACUUCUCCAUGCACGACGGCCUUCUCAACCCCAUGACGGCCAGCCUGGUGGAACUUGGAUCAUAAGGAAUGAAAGAAACAUUUGACUUUCCAACCCAAUUACUAUCUUCGUUAGCAUAUACCAAAAAUGUUAUUAUUCAAGUUUAGAGGACAUUAGCCAAACAAUUCUCCAAAACUACAGUCCCAGAUGACGGGCCUACGUGAAGAACGAUGUUAUCAACUAUUACUGUAACAUUUUAGCCUAAUCAUGCGAUAGUUUUGAUAUGUUUAGCUAUAAAAUUAACUAAUAAAUAUAUAUUUAAUAAAG